AAUGUAGUGGACGGGACACUUCAUCAACAGUAACAACCGUUCGUCGGCCACCUCCGUAGCCAACAUUAUCGAAAACAGUCACUGUGUUUUAAACAUACUUCUGUCGUGUCUACAUGUUGGCCCAUUUAAUGUAACGUUAAUAUUUACGUUGUUUUUCAGGUAGCUGGCUUGCUAAGUUAGUUUUGCACGAGGCUAAUCGCUAAUGCUAAGUAGCUAGCUAGUUAACAUCCCCGACCAUGAGUUCACUAAGCUACUCCACUCCUGCUGAAGAAGAAGAGGUCUGCUGGACGGAGAAAGAAGAAGAGGCUGUCACAGUUAAACAAGAAGUAGAGGAUGAGGCUGUUACUGUGAAAGAAGAAGCGAAUGAAGCUUUCAGAGUGAAAGAAGACGAGGAAGUUACAGUGAAAGAAGAGGAAGAAUUUUUUGGAGUGAAGAUGGAGGGGGAGAUGACUGUCACAUUGAAAGAGGAAGAAGAGGAGGGGCAGAUGACUGCAACGUUGAAAGAGGAAGAAGAGGAGGGGGAGAUGACUGUCACGUUGAAAGAGGCAGAAGAGGAGGGGCAGAUUACUGCAACGUUGAAAGAGGAAGAAGAGGAGGGGCAGAUUACUGUCACGUUGAAAGAGGAAGAAGAGGAGGGGCAGAUUACUGUCACGUUGAAAGAGGAAGAAGAGGAGGGGCAGAUUACUGUCACGUUGAAAGAGGAAGAAGAGGAGGGGCAGAUUACUGUCACGUUGAAAGAGGAAGAAGAGGAGGGGCAGAUUACUGUCACGUUGAAAGAGGAAGAAGAGGAUGGGCAGAUUACUGUCACGUUGAAAGAGGAAGAAGAGGAGGGGCAGAUGACUGUCACGAUGGAAGAGGAGGAAGAGGAGACGGGAGAUCUGAGUAACACCAUGGAAGAACUGCUUUGGCAGCUUCAUGAAACAGAGGCGUACUUCACUGCACCACACCAAGACAGCAGCAGAGGGGUACUUCACUGCACCACACCAAGAGAGCAGCAGAGGGAUACUUCACUGCACCACACCAAGACAGCAGCAGAGGGGUACUUCACUGCACCACACCAAGAGAGCAGCAGAGGGGUACUUCACUGCACCACACCAAGAGAGCAGCAGAGGGAUACUUCACUGCACCACACCAAGACAGCAGCAGAGGGGUACUUCACUGCACCACACCAAGAGAGCAGCAGAGGGGACCUCCACGAUGACUCUGGAUCUGAGGACCUCCACGAUGACUCUGGAUCUGAGGACCUCCACGAUGACUCUGGAUCUGAGGACCUCCACGAUGACUCUGGACCUGAGGACCUCCACGAUGACUCUGGACCUGAGGACCUCCACGAUGACUCUGGAUCUGAGGACCUCCACGAUGACUCUGGAUCUGAGGACCUCCACGAUGACUCUGGAUCUACCUCCACGAUGACUCUGGAUCUGAGGACCUCCACGAUGACUCUGGAUCUGAGGACCUCCACGAUGACUCUGGAUCUGAGGACCUCCACGAUGACUCUGGAUCUGAGGACCUCCACGAUGACUCUGGAUCUGAGGACCUCCACGAUGACUCUGGAUCUGAGGACCUGA